UGGCAAAAGUAGAAACACAGGAGAAGCACAUAAGCAUUAGUGAGUGGACCUCUUAAUGGAGUUGGAAUGCACCAAGCAACUUUAGUUGAAACAUCUUGCUAAUAAAAAAUACUUGGAACAAAACUCAUUUGAGCAAGUAAGGGUAGGUGUAGAAAAUAGCAAAACCACAAUGUGCUUUAGUUGGCAUAAGUAGAUGUCACACUAUCUCAUAGCUAGAGAUCUACAGUAUUAUUAUUAUAUUCAUUAUAUUCAUGUAUAAAAUGAUCCUCUCACUCUAAAUACCAUCCAAGCAAAAACACAAGCUACUUCGAAGUUCUAAUUCCUCAGUUGGAAACAAAAUGAAGGAGCAUGGGGAAACUUCUAAAGCUCCAAUGGUUGGAGGAGGGAUCAGUAGGGGUGUUUCUAUACUAGACUCAGUCCUUCGUCUUGUCGCGAUAGUCGGCACUAUAGGGAGUGCUAUAGCCAUGGGAACUACUAAUGAAACCCUCCCUUUCUUCACGCAGUUCAUUCGGUUCAAGGCGGAAUAUAAUGAUCUCCCAACCUUCACCUUCUUUGUGAUCGCGAACUCAGUGGUGUGUGCUUAUCUUGUUCUCUCGAUUCCUCUAUCCAUUGUGCACAUCAUCAAGAGCAGCGCGAGAUAUACGAGACUAGUGCUAAUCUUCUUUGACGCGGUUAUGCUAGCACUAUUGACGGCGGGGGCUUCAGCAGCGGCGGCCAUAGUGUACCUUGCUCAUAAGGGCAAUGUCAGAGCCAACUGGUUAGCGAUUUGCCAACAGUUCAACUCAUUCUGCGAGCGAAUCUCUGGGUCACUGAUUGGUUCAUUUGUUGCCGUCAUCGUGCUGAUACUCCUCAUCUUCUUAUCUUCGUCAGCCCUCGCAAGGCAUUGAUUGUUAGGAAUUGAAAAUGAUCGCGCGCCCGUUUGUGUUUGUGUGUGUGAGGAUUAAUGAGUGGUUUAGUGGUGCUUGUUGUGUGACUAUCUCUCUAUAAAAUGUACGUUCCUUUUUCUAUUUUGUUGAAAUUGGAUUAUGCCUCUACGUUCAGCUGUUA